AUGGUGUCACCAAAGAAGAAGCCGGUGGUGAUAGAGGACGACUCGGGCUGGGGUCCUGUAAAAACCCUACAGAAGGACCUUGCCCGGAGGCUAAGACUACACUGGCCAGCCAUCGAAAAAUAUUGGGGAUCUUUAACACCACGGAAGCAGAAGGAAUGUUUCGAUUCAUUGCUGCCGGGUCUUAAGACGGGUCUUAAGAAUUGCCGUGGUCGAACCUUGGGCGGUGUGCUGAGAUACUGCUCAUUUGCCGCGGAAGUCUCAGCGCUCAAGGAAAGUCCCAGGCGUUUGCUGGACAUUUUGCAACAUCGCGCCUCCACGACACUCCUAGAUCAGUAUCUGGAGGGCCCCAACGGCAAUCCGGGCGACCGGGAAUUUGCAAUUCAGUUCGUGUUGAAAGCGCCCCAGAUGGGGAUACAUUUACAAGACUGUUUCCAGAAAGAAUACAAGGGGGACACAUACACGUUCUUCUUCGACGAUGAGAACUUUGGGGAGACUCGGGAGCGGAUGCAAGGGACAGACGACCUCGAGCCCGAACUUCAACCCCUCCUGGAUCGUGGAGAAUGUGUAUCUGAGCCUUUCGGAUAUCUAGUGUUCGAACGGCAACGCAGCGUACUCCGAUUUCUCUUAGCGAUCGUCGAGGACAUAUUACUCGAGGCAGGGGAACAAAGCCGAUGUACCACAGUCUCCAAGACUCCAUAUCCCUAUCAGACUCGGCGAGAGUGCAUGUCCGAAGUCCUUCACACGCACAGUCUGACGACCUUUGCCAAUGUAGCCGUAUAUUCAAGGGGGUUCCUGGAACUACAAAACCAGCAUCUCGACAACUUAAAACAUGGCGGCUACUUGGAGCUCUUUGUUCGCAGGUACUUCAACAACCACCCGGGCCUCAUCUGGGACGAGGAUGGUUGUGUCAUGCCCGUGCUUUCAGACCGCUUCCUCAGUAGGGCGCUUUUUCAGCUGUGGCACGAAUCCCUACAGAUAACUGCUAUCUGGAGAUACAUCCAUGAGGUUCUGGAAUUGAUCGUCUCACAGCCAGCCAGUCAUGGGCGUCAAGAAUGUUUCCUUUCCGAUUUGUCCACGGCCCUGCAGCACAGCUACGUCUACCACCAGAGCCGCUUACGGAAGAUGAUUCAAAUCAAUGAAGCCGCUGGAUACUUUACCCGGCGGCAUGGCCAAUACGAUAAGCUGGGGAAUCCUGUGAUCGUUAUGAAGCACAACCCUCAGGAUGAACCCGAAUGCCCACGUCGCCUUCGAUGCCUAGUGGAUCUGUGUCGAUCUAAAACGACCGCUCCAAAGGCUCUAGAACUGCUGCGGGACUGGGACGAACACGAUGAUACACUGCCUGGCUUGGAUGGUGGAUUGUAUGAUGAAGAGUUUGAAGCGCUGUUUGAUUUGAUCGUUGCAGUCGUCUGCAGUCACUCCCUUCAUCAACUCCUGCCACUUCCCAACCCGCACCUGAAGAGAGAAGACUCUUUCGCCGCUCGGUUCCGGAAACUGGAGGCGGAGAUCAAUGCGCUCGAGUGUGAAGUGGAUCUUCAUCUUCAGGAUUUCGCGGCCCCUACUGGGAACUUGCGUGAGCCGGGCGUCGCAGAAGAGGCAAGGCAGGCUCUGGACGAUUUCAUGGUGGUGAAGGUUGGCAGUACUAUCCAAACCGCAUACGACGCUAUCGUUGAGGAAUGUCUCUCGGCCGUCCGGCAGGCCCAGGCCCAGGCAAACGAGAGAAGCAGAGACACAGAAACGUUGCCGGAGCCGGUGAAACUUGCCAACACUCAACCACCAGGGCAAGACCGUCUCCCAGCACCGGCGCAGCUACCUCAGCCGAAGCCACGGGCCAGUUCUGCUCAGCCUACUGACCCUCAAGCAGUAUCCAAAGCCAACAAGUCACAGCACGGCACGGAGAAUGUCUAUCCACUGGUGGCGGAGCAGGCCAUCGUCAAAAAGCCAGUGGUGGAGCCGAUCAUCGCCAAAGGGAAGAAGCACGAUCCUCGGAGAACACCGGUUGAAAAUGCCAGUAAAGAUCUCAAGCCGAGCCCAUCCCAGUCCGAUAAUUCCUCCAACAAGAAGACAGAGCCCCCGUCAGAAGAAGAUGCUGAUGGCAAGGCCGAGGCCCGGCUGAAAGUCUCUCGAUCUGCAAAGCACGUCUUUGAUACUCUAUUUGCAAAGUCCCGCAGGGCGCAGGGAGCAAUAUCAUGGAAGAACUUCGGGUCGGCAAUGGUGGAAGCCGGAUUUUCGGUAAUCCCCGGCACCGGAUCCGAGUUCAAAUUUGUACCGGCGCCAGGUUCUGACUUGAAGGCGUCAAUGGUUGUUCAUAAACCCCACCAACCUGGCAACUCGAAGAAGAUUGAAGGGAGCAAGGCCUCCGCAGUCCGCAGGCAGCUGCGGAGAGAAUUGGGCUGGGAUGAGGACACAUUCGAGUCUAAGUGA